AGAGAUCACUGCACUAGGCUAGAGAGCCUGUAUACAGAGACUCUACGCUAUCAGUUAUUUCGUCAUCGUAUUGUUCGCAACACGAAAUUUGUCACCUGCUCGAUACGGCACUAAACCAAUUUUUUUUUUCGUAGUAAAGUCAGACUAUAGCAACCAAAAUGGCUGGAGCUGCCAAGGUUAUUGGGAGACCAAUGCUUAACCAGGAACUCAUGGGCGAGAGAUUCAAAAAGGACAAGCAGUAUUUCCGCAUCCGAACUGUGUUCACUCCGAAUCUGAAGAUGCCACCUCUGGCAGGCAAGUUCUACGCGCCGGAUGAAGGUACCAAACAGGUGGACCCUGCGUUCAUUGCCAUGAUCGAAGAAGGGAGCCGCAAGGGCCCCAAGGACAAGUGGGAUGCGCCGCAGACCGGAAAUCAGUGCUACGGGUGGCACCUGCAGCGACUGGUGGACACAGACCCCAACGACCGUCGGCUGCGCUUCCCACGCUGCUCCACUGAGGUCUCCCGCUGGGGUGCUGUACUGCUGCGCUUCAAAAACAUGCUGCGGUAGUCAACCGUGUGCUCAACCUUUUCAUUUCAGCUGCUGUAGUCACAUGCAAGACGCUCAAUUCUUUUUGAUAAUCAAUUUUUGUGUGUGUAGUUCGAUUUUUAAAUAUAUAU